GCCAAAUGAAACAAUAAAAUUAUCCUUGAAACAGGCACUGUGACGCGAUUGGCCAAGAAGAAAUAGAGUGGCCGGUUGGCCCCUUCAAAGGACAUUCCUAGGAGGCUGUCCAUGUGCCCAAGGCUAUGAGUUCAGUUCGCUCCUUCAUAUUCAGCUUCGUUGUUCUCUCAACUUCACCUUGACCGUUACUCUUCUACUUUCCCCACCCGUUACCCUAAACCUUACCCUGAUCCCGGGGUAAAACCCAUGUCAUGUCGGCUACGACCACUUCUACGCUCACGACCACCACGCUCGUUGGAACUAUGAAGGGUGUCGCGGUAUCCGAAAAACAAUGUCCCAUGUGCUGGGGUGAAGGGCUCCAUGAUUCGGGGGCUCAGGACAGGAUCCAGGAGUUGGAGGGGCAGCUGCAUAUGUUGACAGCUCGCGCUUCGGCGACAGCAACAAAACUCACCGAAUACGAAGACGAAAUCCGACGCCUACGUUCGCAAUCCCAGACACAAAAUUACUCAACACCACGCAGCAGCGCCUCCCUUCCACCCUCAACAUCAACAUCAACCUCAAAUUCCACACCGCAAGAUCAACCCCGACCAACCACCUCCCCAACAACAGCGACCUACCACAGCCGCCUAGCUACCCUAACCUCCCUCCUCCCCUACCGCCGCAGCAGCGCAACACCAACUAGCACCACCAGCGCCCCAGCAGCACCACCAACAACAACAUCAACAGUCCCACCCCCAGCCACACCAACCCUCCCAAACCCACCCAACCACAACCACCCAGCCCAAGCCUCCCCAGCCAGCAGCGACAACACCUCCGAGCUCCAGGAUGCACUAGAACGCGAACAAGGUUUGCGCAAAGCCGCCGAAAGCCAGUUGUCGCAGGCUAGCACCGAGCUGGAGGAGUUGACGGUUCAAUUGUUCAGCCAGGCGAAUGAGAUGGUUGCUCAGGAGCGGAAGGCGCGCGCAAAGCUUGAGGAAAGGGUUGCUGUGCUCGAGCGGAGGGAUGUUGAGAAGAGGUCCAGGCUUGAGAGGUUGGAGAACGCCAUGGCUAGGGUUGAGCGGUUGAGGGCUUUGGUUAAUCGGCAGUGAGGGAGGAUCUAGGACUUGGACUGGGUUUUGGUUAUUUUUUUUGUUUUUGGAUUUUAUUCCUUACGACGAUAUGAUUGGAUUUUUUGAUGAUGGAUUACCCUGGCGUCCUUUGGAUUUGGGGGAUUUGGGAUUCCCUUGUUGGAUUAUUGGGUUGGUGUUUGGUUAUCGGUAUCCUGGUCUUAGCUGGCUUUUUGGAUUCUUUGCAUAAUCAUUGAGUGGAUUUAAAUAGUGUACCUUGUUGAAAACGGAGUCUCCGCGUAGAAGUUGAAG